GCUAGGGCCCCCUAACGCUGCCUCGGGAUUCGGAGACCUCCAUCCCAGCACAACCCAAGUCGAUCCAGCGGCGGGCGGGACCAGAGCACAAUUUGCAUAAAAUAUGCACGGGAAGUGUUUAGCAGUUAAAUAUAUGCGCAUAUAUCUGCAUGGCUGAUGAGCUGCCGGGCACAUUCAAAAUGGCGGAGUGCGGUGCGAGCGGUAGCGGCAGCAGCGGGGACAGCCUGGAUAAGAGCAUCACGCUGCCCCCCGACGAGAUCUUCCGCAACCUGGAGAACGCCAAGCGCUUCGCCAUAGACAUAGGUGGGUCGCUGACCAAGCUGGCCUACUACUCCACUGUGCAGCACAAAGUCGCCAAAGUGAGGUCCUUUGACCACUCAGGCAAGGACAUGGAGCAGGACUACGAACCGCCCUAUGAGAUCUCGGUGCAGGAGGAGGUGACGGCACGCCUGCACUUUGUCAAGUUUGAGAAUACCUACAUCGAGGCCUGCCUGGACUUCAUCAAGGACCAUCUGGUCAACACAGAAACCAAGGUCAUCCAGGCCACCGGGGGUGGGGCGUACAAGUUCAAGGACCUCAUAGAGGAGAAACUGCGGCUGAAGGUGGACAAGGAGGAUGUGAUGACCUGCUUGAUCAAGGGCUGCAACUUCGUGCUAAAGAACAUCCCGCAGGAGGCCUUUGUGUACCAGAAGGAUGCAGACCCUGAGUUCCGCUUCCAGACCAAUCACCCCAACAUCUUCCCCUACCUCUUAGUCAACAUCGGCUCCGGCGUCUCCAUUGUGAAGGUAGAGACCGAGGACAGGUUCGAGUGGAUCGGGGGCAGCUCCAUCGGAGGUGGCACCUUCUGGGGGCUCGGGGCUCUCCUCACCAAGACCAAGAAGUUCGAUGAACUGCUGCACCUGGCCUCCAGGGGCCAGCACACCAACGUAGACAUGCUGGUGCAGGACAUCUACGGCGGUGCCCACCAGACGCUAGGGCUCAGUGGCAACCUCAUUGCCAGCAGCUUUGGCAAGUCAGCCACCGUCGACAGAGAGUUCUCCAAGGAGGACAUGGCCAAGAGCCUGCUGCACAUGAUCAGCAAUGACAUUGGGCAGCUGGCCUGCCUCUACGCUAAGCUGCACGGUCUGGACCGGGUGUACUUUGGCGGCUUCUUUAUCCGGGGCCACCCGGUCACCAUGCGCACCAUCACUUACAGCAUCAACUUCUUUUCCAAGGGAGAGGUCCAGGCCUUGUUCUUGAGACAUGAAGGCUACCUGGGCGCCAUUGGAGCCUUUCUUAAAGGAGCAGAGCAAGACAACCCCAACCAGUACAGCUGGGGCGAGAACUAUGCUGGCAGCUCAGGACUCAUGAGCUCAUCUCCGGAUCUAUGUCCAGCGCAGCGCUCCAGAAGCGGCACAUUCGACCUGCUAGAGAUGGACCGGCUAGAGAGGCCACUGGUCAACUUACCGCUGCUCCUGGACCCAUCCUCCUACAUGCCUGAUACAGUGGACCUUACAGAUGAUGCCCUGGCCCGCAAGUACUGGCUCACAUGCUUUGAGGAGGCCCUGGAUGGGGUGGUGAAGCGUGCUGUGGCCAGCCAGCCAGGUGCCACAGAUGCUGCUGAGAGGGCAGAAAAGUUCCGCCAAAAGUAUUGGGACAAGCUGCAGACACUGAGGCACCAGCCCUUUGCUUAUGGGACCCUGACUGUGCGCAGCCUACUGGAUACCCGGGAGCACUGUCUAAAUGAGUUCAACUUCCCAGACCCCUACUCCAAGGUGAAGCAGCAGGAGAAUGGUGUAGCCCUCAAGUGCUUCCAGCGAGUGGUCCGUGCCCUGGACACACUGGGCUGGGAGGAGCGGCAGCUGGCCCUGGCAGAGGGGCUCCUGGCCGGCAACGUCUUUGACUGGGGGGCCAAAGCCGUCUCUGAUGUCCUUGAAUCUGACCCCCAGUUUGGGUUUGAGGAGGCCAAGAGGAAGUUGCAAGCGAGGCCCUGGCUGGUGGACGCCUAUGACAAGUGGCUUCAGAGACUGAAGGGGCCCCCUCACAAAUGUGCCUUAAUUUUCGCAGAUAACAGUGGAGUAGACGUCAUUUUGGGAGUCUUCCCCUUUGUCAGGGAGCUUCUCUCUAGAGGGACUGAGGUCAUCCUGGCCUGCAACUCGGGCCCCGCCCUCAAUGAUGUCACCUACAGCGAGUCCCUCAUCGUGGCCGAGCGCAUCGCAGCCAUGGACCCUGUUGUCCACUCCGCACUCAGAGAGGAGAGGCUGCGUCUGACACAGACAGGCUCCAGCUCCCCAUGCUUGGACCUCAGCCGCCUGGACAAGGGGCUGGCAGCACUGGUACGGGAGCGUGGCACCGACUUGGUGGUCAUUGAGGGCAUGGGCCGUGCUGUACACACCAACUACCAUGCGGCACUGCGCUGUGAGAGCCUCAAGCUAGCCGUCAUCAAGAAUGCCUGGCUGGCCACACGCCUGGGUGGCCAGCUCUUCAGUGUCAUCUUCAAGUAUGAGGUCCCAGAUCCGUGAGGCCCUGGCCAGCAGAGCCACAUUCACACUGUGCUUGGAAACUCAGUCUGGGAAGGGGCAACUGCUCCUGCCCCCUAGUUGCCACAGGCAUGGCAGAGACAUAGCUCUGUCCCCAAGGCCACCUGUGUUGGAAUAUAUUUAACUGUUAAAUGCUCUUUUCUAUGUGUACACACACACACACACACACACACACACACACACACACACACACACACACA